AUGGAGGGCCAUCACCAUGUGCGCUCUGACGCACGUCACAUGUACGUCUUUGCCCGCAUGAAGGACUUUUUUGCCUGCGGGGACGUUGAGGUUGCGGACCGUCUUACGCAGCAGCUUGACAAGAAUUUCGUUGACGGCUCCCCAAACUUUAUGGUGGUGCACGACAUGCUGGAGGGCCGCGGCGCCAGCACUCUUCUCUUCACAUAUCAGCCCGAUCCAAAUAACGAGGAGAAGACUGAGGAUGUUCUCGUGGUGCUUAAUCCAAUGAAGGAGAAGAUUCCGUGCCUUGUCAAGCGCUGCGUGUACAUUAUCCGCCAAGACGACGGCAGGGCGAUAAGUACGAAGGACCCCACGCAGGUGGUGCAAGAGCUUUUCAUGGGAUCUCUGGACGCCAAUAUUCUGCAGAGCUACGAGCACCUCCUCAUGGAGGUGUACACGCCACUCUUCAACAAGCUGGGGAAGUGGGGCAAGAACUCCAUGGCGGAACGCAACCAGUUUAUCGUGCACCUCCUGCGGUACGCGGACCGUGUGUCAGAAUUGCAGCAGAUGAAGGGGGAACGCUACGAGCUGGAGCCGGUGGAUGCGGAGACGUGGCAGCUGCUGCAGCGGGGUGGGGUGAAUAAGCGGGGGGGCAUCAAUGACCCUGUGCUUGUGCACAACCUCGUGACGACGGUGGAAGGGUGGAUUAAGGUUUUGCAGAGAGUUGUGCAGCAGACGCCGAACUAUGAAAACGAGCUGAAUGAUGAAAAAGCAGGCCCAAAGACGGAGAUUUCCCUCUGGAAGAAUCGCUUGGCGAAGCUGCACCUUGUGGAGGAGCAACUUCAGUUGGUUGAGGCUUCCCACGCCGUGCAGUACUUGCGGGAGGCAAAGAAUCCUUUGUUGCAGCGCUGGACGGAGGUUGACGUGGCACUCACCGAUGCCUUAACUGAGGCUCGCGAGAACGUGAAGUACUUGCGUUCACUAGACAAGUAUCUUGAUGUAUUGUACUCUUCUGACAUCUCGCAAAUUAUCAGCAUCCUCCCAGCCCUUAUUGCCAACAUCCGCAUGAUGUAUACAAUCGCCCGCUACUACUCCAAACGGGAGUGUAUGACGGCGCUGUUCUUUAAGGUCACGAACGCGAUUGUGCUGUCGUGUAAGGCAGCCAUCAACCCAUCCGGGGUACGCAGCCGCAUCUGGGAAAGUGGGCAAAACCCCGACAUGCUGAAGGAAAUUUUGCGGCAACUGCAGCUGAGUGUGGAGUGCAACAAGGUCUACAAUGAGGAGUACAAAAAGUCGCAGGAAUUGCUCGCCCGUAAGGAUGGUAAACAGUUUGACUUUGACGAACUGAAGUUUAUGGGACACUUUAAUCUCUUCACGAAGCGGGUGGACAAACUCAGCAGCGUGUUCAGCACGGUGGAUCAAUUUAUGAAACUCAAGGCUUACCACAUUGAACAGAUGGAGGGACUCAUCCCCCGUUUUGAGGAGUACUUGGGGCAUCUGCGUGGCAAGACCACCGACAUCCUCGACAUCCACGACAACAACAAGUUUGACGUGGAAUUUAAAAUCUUUGAGCACCGCGUUGCGGAGCUGGAGACUUCGAUGCAGGUGGCAAUUAACUCUUCUUUUGAAAACAUCACCUCCACCGACAACGCACUGCAGCUUCUUGCGAAGUACCAGCACAUUCUCAAGAAUGAAGCCUUUGCUGUGGACCUGGAGUCGAAGUACCUUGUCAUCUUCUACAGCUACGGCAUGGAGCUGGAGAACGACCAGAAGACGUACGAGCGCUACAAAACCGACCCCCCAGUCGCACGUAACAUGACGCCGGUGGUGGGGGCAAUCAGCUGGGCGCGGCAGUUGCUACGUCACAUCAAAUCACCCAUGGACAAAUUUAAGACAAACCGCACAAUCAUGGCAAACACAAAAGACAGUAAGAAGGUGAUUCGUACGUACAACAAGGUGUCGGUUGCAUUGAUAGAGUUUGAGGCCAUUUGGGUGGAUGCGUGGAAGCGCUCAAUUGAGUCCAGUAAGGCUGGCCUUAACGCAACGCUGCUUGUACGCCACGAAGGCCGCUUAUUUGUGAACUUUGACGUGGAAAUUGUUCAACUCAUUAAGGAAACACGGGCGAUGAUGCUGCUUGGCGAUAUCGACGUGCCGGCGUCUGCGAAGACGGUGCUGAUGCAGGAACAACGGCUUAAGACGUUUUACAAUGAACUGACGUAUCUUGUGCAGGAGUACGAGCGGGUGGUGGGUCGCCCGGGUGGGGCACGCGGUAAAAUUGUGGGCAUAACCCGUGCUCUGUUGCAGCCGAACCUUGAUGCCCUUGACGCCGUCUUUCUUCCCGGUGAGACCACGCUGACGUGGAUGUCGAUGAACGUUGACACGUACCUCGAGCGGGUGCAAAAUGCCAUUCAGGAGAUUGACAGCAUCGUGACGAAGGUGAACGACAUCAUUCAUCAUCGCAUUCAGGUGAAUCUGAAAGUUAUCUCCUCUACGCUGCUUUUAAACAUCUUUGAGGAUCACUUUUCACUCGAUCAGUUCGUGCAGGUGCAGGAAAAACACAUUCGGCAGCAGUGCGAGGUUAUGGAUGUGAGGAACCGUGAGGUUGAAACUGCCGUGGGGGACGUUAUUGCGGCUAUUCUUGGCAGCCAGGGGAAAUCUUACGACCUCGCCACCCUUGACAGCGAAACCCGCGAUAAGGUGACGACGCUGAAGGGCCACUUCAACCGUCUCAUGUUCAAAGCCGUCCUUACUAGCACGACACGUUCGUUAAAUUUGCUGAAGAAACGUGUUGGGACACGCAACAAUGUGUCGUUUCUCUUUGUGGAGAGACCCUUCUUUGACCUGGACGUGCAGCUGAUUAACGCGGAGCCGUACGUGUUUCUCAACCCCUCGCUGGAUGAGGUGCAGAAGGCGAUCAACCAGUGCGCCACAGCGGUGUUAUCGUGCAGCAAAUAUAUGACACUGUGGUCCGACCUCGGCGACGAUACCCUCUGUUUUUUUGAGGAGAUUGCGAAGAACAAGGAGGUGGUGAAGGUGGUGCUGCUGCUCACCGGUGGCGUCUACGGCCUCAAAAAACAGGUGAUGGAGUACCUGAACCACUUCCGCAAGUACGAGCACCUCUGGAAGGAUGACAAGGACGUAGUGUACGAGGCGUUUUGUGCUGGGCAGCCGACACUGGACGACUAUGAGCGUGUUCUGCGUGACUACGUAGCUCUGCAGGACGAGAUUGAGGGGUUGACGCCAGUCUUCAACAUUGGCAGCCUUUCCUUGCAGAACAAUAACCUUAAGGCUGAUCUGCUGCGGAGGACCGCGGAGUGGAAGGAUCUCUUUUCACAUAAGCUGCAUGCGAAGGCACAGCUUGAGCUUGAUGCGCUGACUCACAAGAUGGAUGAGGAAACGCAUCAGUUAUCGCAGCCAAUUCCGGAUCAGGAGAGGUUGGAGGACCUGCGUGUCCUCAUGGAGACGCUGCAGGAGAUCCGUGAACGUGAGUCUGUUGUGGAGUUCCAGUUUUAUCCUGUCCAACAGGCGUAUGCACUGCUGCAGAGGUUCAAUGUAAGCAUCUUCAAGGAGGAAAUUGAUCGCGUAGAGGACAUUAGAUUUAAAUGGCGUAAGCUCCACGCGCAGGCAGAGCGUCGCUCUGAUGAGAUCAAUCAUAUGCAGUUCGGAUUUAAAAAGGGUCUUACACAAGAAGUACAGAAGUUUGGUGCGGAAGUCAUCUCCUUCCGUAACGACUACGAUGCCCAUGGACCUAUGGUGGAGGGACUGAAGCCGCAGGAGGCGAUGGAACGACUUAAACGAUACCAGCGGCAGUUUGAUGACAAGUACCGUAAGUGGUUGACGUUAAUGGCGGGCGAGGAGCUCUUUGGUCUCCCGGUGCACAAAUACCCAGAAUUGGUGAAGACUAAGAAGGAGUUAGAGCUUCUAGACAAGCUGUAUACGCUGUAUAUUAACGUGCUGCAAAAGGUGGAAGGCUACAAUGAUGUGCUGUGGUGCGAGCUUGACUUCGACGCCAUCGCAGAGGAGGUGAGUGUGUUUGUGAGCCAGUGCAAACGUCUGCCCAAAUCACUACGAGACUGGGAUGCGUACGUGGAGCUCAAAAGGAUCCUUGACGAUUUUAUGGAGUUGCAACCGGUGAUUCAAGAGCUGAAGAACCCGGCGGUGGUGGAGCGACACUGGCAAGAGAUUAUGCGGGUGACGGGGCAUAAAUGGCGGACGGAUCCGGAUUUGUUUAAGCUGCAAAACCUUGUGGAUGCGGACCUGCUGCGUGUCGUGGACGAGGUCAUUGAUAUUGCGAGCUCCUCCGUGCGAGAGGCGGAGAUAGAGACGAAGUUCCGUGCGCAGGAGGCGCUAUGGAAGGACCAGGAGUUGAAGUUUUCCGAGUUUAAACACCGCGGUCCCAUCAUCCUCAAGGGUGACGACACCACCACCAAGCGGGAGGCGUUGGAUGAGUCCUCGCUCGCCAUCAACUCCAUGCUAUCCUCCCGCUACUGCGCCUUCAUGCGGGACACCAUACAAGGCUUCCUGCACAAGCUUGUCCGCGUGAGUGAGAUUAUCUCCUUGUGGGUCGAGGUACAGUCCACAUGGCAGUACCUUGAGGCGGUGUUUGCGGGUGGUGACAUUAUGAAGCAGCUGCCGCAGGAGGCGAAGCGGUUUGCUAUGAUUGAUAAGGCGUGGCAGAAGAUCAUGAAUAAGGCGAAUGAGUUGCCCAACGUGCUGGAGUUCUGCUACGAAAACGAACUCUUGCAGAACCUGCCAAACUUAAAGGAACAACUCGACGAAUGUCAGCGUAAACUCUCACUCUACCUGGAGCAGAAGCGGAACCUGUUCCCGCGGUUUUACUUUGUCUCCGACACGGUGUUGCUGGAGAUCUUGUCCCAGGCAAGUGACCCGCAGUCGAUUCAGCCGCACCUGGCCUCCAUCUUUGACGGGCUCUCCUCGGUGCGCUUUGAGCGUGUGAAGCCAAAGGAGGCGGGAGUGCAGCCCUACUUCCAAAUUGUUGAAAUGAUCUCUGGAGAGGGCGAGUCGCUUAUGAUGCGGGAGCCGACACCGUGCGUCGGCAACGUUGAGGACUGGCUGAACCGCCUCUGCGCCGGCAUGACUGCCACGGUGCGGGAUGUUGUGAAGGCGAGUGUCACUGAGCUGGGUACCUUGCUUGGCAACACCAACUACCUUGGCACCAUCAUCGAACGCUACCCGGCGCAGGUGUCGUUGCUUAUGCUUCAGUUCUUCUGGACCGCGGAUUUGACGGAGUGUAUCGCCAAAGGCGUAAUGCGGGCACGUGGUAGGGAGUCCACCUCCUCACGCGCCAAGUGCGACUCCGUGAAGAAUUACCUGGUCAACCUGACGACGUCGCCAGACUUGGAGCGGCAACCAUUGCGCAUGCGCACAAACGUGGAGACGCUUAUCACAAUUCAGGUGCAUCAGCAGGAGGUGUUUAUCGAGCUACAAAAGGCCUCCAUCAAGGAACUCACACAUUUUGAUUGGUUGAAGCAGGCUCGUUUUUACUACAAACCCGAGCGUGACCUCACCAUUAUUUCCAUCGCCGACUCAGAUACGGAGUACUGCAACGAAUACCUGGGCGUCAAGGAGCGUCUCGUUAUUACACCCCUGACGGAUCGCUGCUACAUCACCUUAUCUCAGGCGCUUGCAAUGUACAUGGGUGGCGCACCCGCAGGACCGGCUGGCACUGGCAAAACGGAGACGACGAAGGAUCUUGCCCGCACGUACGGUAAGUUUUGUGUCGUGUUUAACUGCUCGGAUCAGUUGGAUCGUCAUGCGAUGGGGAAGAUCAUCCGUGGCUUGUCCCAGGCAAAUGCAUGGGGGUGCUUUGACGAAUUUAAUCGCAUUGACCUGCCUGUGCUCUCUGUCGUGGCACAACAGGUGAGUUGCGUCCUGCAGGCGCUGAAACAGCACAAGGACAAGUUUGUUUUUAUUGAUGGCCAGGUGACAAACCUCAUGCCGGGUGUCGGCUUCUUUAUUACGAUGAAUCCCGGUUACGCUGGGCGACAGGAGUUGCCAGAGAAUCUCAAAAUCCUUUUCCGUGGUGUGACCAUGAUGAUUCCCGACCGCCAAACUAUUAUGAAGGUGAAGCUUGCGUCGCAGGGUUACAGCCUGGACGACCUGCUUAGCAAGAAGUUCUUUACGCUCUACAAACUCUGUGAGGAGCAGCUCUCCAAGCAGCGUCAUUACGACUUUGGUCUCCGUAACAUUCUCUCUGUGCUGCGUACCGCCGGUGCGGUGCUGCGUCGCAACCCUGGCAAGGACGAGGAAGAUCUCUUCAUGCGCACCUUGCGUGACAUGAACCUAUCAAAGCUGGUCUUUGAGGAUAUUGAGCUCUUUGACUCUCUUCUACACGACAUGUUCCCUGGACGCCAGUUUGUUAAGGGCACUCACCCGGAGAUUGAGGGUGAACUCGCCAAUGUGAUUAAGGAGAAGGGACUGCAGCAGUGGACCCCAUGGGUGAGUAAGGUGCUGCAGCUCUAUGAGACCAAGCUGGUUCGCCACGGCAUCAUGGUCGUUGGCCCCGUCAUGUGUGGUAAGACGCAGUGCUACGAAGUGAUGACAGAAACGCUGAGCCGCACCACGGUGCCGCACCAGCAACUUCGCAUGAACCCGAAGGCCAUUACGGCACCCCAAAUGUUUGGUCGCAUUGACGUCUCAGGGGACUGGCACGAUGGCGUCUUUUCCUUUCUCUGGCGUACAGCUGUGCGUAGCGCGAAGAAGCGAAAUAUUUGGAUUAUCUGCGACGGUCCCGUGGACGCCAUUUGGAUUGAGAACCUGAACACCGUGCUGGACGACAACAAACUUUUGACCCUGGCGAACGGUGAUCGUAUUCAAAUGACAGACACCAUGAAGUGCUGCUUUGAGGUGGAAAAUUUGGCAAACGCCUCGCCCGCCACCGUGUCCCGCGCGGGUAUCAUUUACAUCUCAGAUGUGAUUCUAGGCUGGAAGCCCGUUCUGGAGUCCAAGCUGCGUGCCACAGCAAGUGCAGAUGGGGUUAUUUUGCCCUCCGAUGUGCUUAUGCCGUGCAAUCCGCUUCUGGUGGAGAAGCUGAUGCCCCUCUUCAUGCCGGCGGAGGGCGCGCCGCUGGAAAGCACGCUGACAGCGAAGGUGGCAGAGUUCUACGAGAAGGAGUGCGCCGUUGUCAUGAAGACGUCCGUGGCGCAUCUUGUGAUAAACGCCUUCCACCUUGUUGUGGCGUUCGGGGAGGAGGUUGGCGACGGUGUGGCGGUGAGCGACGACCUGGCGCUGAAAAUCUUCUGGUUCAGUAUCGCGUGGGCGUUUGGCGGCAUGCUGGAGUCCAAGGACCGCGUAAAGUUCGACAACUUUGUACGUCAGCUCUACGACGGGUUGCCGCCUGUCUUGGACGGCCUUGUGUUUGACUUCUCGCUGAACUGUAAGACCGGGUGUUGGGAGCACUGGUCGGUGUUCCUUGAGAAGUGGAAAUACCCGGGUGACGACAAGUUGGACUUUGCGACGCUCUUCAUCUCAACCACGGACUCUGUGCGGCUGCACUUCCUGGCUAACUGCAACUACAUUCAGAAGCGGCCAACACUGCUGAUGGGGGUGAGUGGUACGGCCAAGACCGUCACGAUGGAGAAGCUGCUGCUGAGGAUAAAGGCAGGGUCUGAGAUGUCAAACUUCCGCAAACUGAACUUCUCCUCCAUGACGACACCGCAGAACUUUUACAACGCGCUGGAUGACAUGACAGAGAAGCGAAUGGGUUCGACCUUUGGGCCAAAGAACUGCGAAACACUCACCGUGUUCAUUGACGACAUCAACAUGCCGGAGGUUAAUGAGUGGGGAGACCAGAUCACAAACGAGAUUGUACGGCAGGUGGUGGAGUCUAGCAUGGUGUACGACUUGGGUUUCGUUGGUCGUCGCAAGGAACUACGCGGACUUGUGUACAUGGCCGCCAUGUCACAUCCGUCGGGUGGCAAAAAUGACAUUCCGAAUCGGCUUAAGCGACACUUCUCUGUGUUUAACGUGCCGCUGCCAGAGGAGAGUUCUGUGAAGCAGAUUUUUGGAAUUAUUUUUGAAAGCCGUUUCUGUAGCGACAGUUACUCUCGCGGGGUGCAAGAUAUCUCUAAGAUGUUGACGCAGAUGUCCAUUGACUUUUGGCGCACCAUUUCAAAACGCAUGCUACCCACCCCGGACAAGUUUCAUUACUUCUUUAACUUGCGCGACCUCUCACGCAUCGCGCAAGGCGUCAUGAUGGCUGGUAUGUUUUACGACCCAGACCGCCCAGAGAAGCGUUCCAGCAGCAAACCGUGGGAAACGGUUACAGAUGCCGUGACGCUAGUGCGGAUAUGGAAGCAUGAGUGCUCCCGUGUCUUCAGUGACAAAUUGAACAGUGUGCCGGACAAGCAGUGGUUUGACGAGCACCUGCAAGAGUGUGUGGCAAGGCACUUGUCGCAGACGCCAUACAGGGAUGUUAUUGACCAGGUCCGGGAACCGAUGUACAUGGCCAACUACCUGCGCGACCCCAUUGUUGAUCCUGACACUGGCGAGGUGGUAGAGCCAGCCCCGCGUAUCUACGAGCCGGCCCUGUCUAUCGAUAUGCUGCAAGAACGGUUACUACACUAUAUGCAAACCCAUGAUGAGCAGAGUCGUGUGAAGCAGUUAAAGCUUGUGCUUUUUGAGGCCGCGGUUAAAAAUGUCUCACGUAUUUCACGUGUACUAUCCAUGCCACGCGGUAAUUUGUUGUUGGUGGGUGUUGGUGGCAGCGGCAAGCAGUCCCUCACCCGUCUCGCGGCAUACGUGAACAGUCAAGACUACGCCACGUUGUUGCUGUCAAAGGGCUUCGGUGUGAAUCAGCUUUUUGAUGCCAUUCGUGAGCAGUACAUCGUCGCGGCCACCAAGCGCCCCGUCACGAUGCUGUUCACCGACAACGACAUUAAACAAGAGAUUUUCCUUGAGUACAUCAACUCAUUUUUGUCCAAUGGUGAGAUUGCGGGUCUCUUUGCUUCUGACCAGCGGGACUCCGCCAUCAAUGACAUACGCCCCAUUAUGAAGAAGGACCCGUUUGUGAAGUUUGACGACAUGAAUGAGGUGCUGUGGAAUUACUUCAUCAACCGUGUGCGGGAGCGGCUGCACUUUGUUCUGUGUUUCUCACCCGUUGGUGACAAGUUUCGCACACGUGCCCGCAAGUUCCCGGCCCUUGUCUCCACCUGCAUCAUCAAUUGGUUCUUCCCAUGGCCCAAGCAGGCUCUUCUCGACGUCUCUUCACGUACGAUCCAGUCCUUUGAGAUGGCAACGGAUGAGAAGCACAAGAAGUCGCUGGUUGAGUUCAUGGCGGAUAUUCAUUCCCUCAUGUUGGAGAAGUCCGAGGAGUACCUGACUCGCUACCGCCGCUCCGUCUACAGUACCCCGAAGUCGUACCUUGGCUUUAUCGAUUCUUACACCAGCGUCUACAAGAAGAAGUUUGACGAGCUUAACGAGGACGCCAGCAAGAUCAACAAGGGUCUGCAGAAACUGCACCAGGCCGGUGAGGAUGUGCGGAUGAUGCGAACUCAGCUGCAAGAAAAGGAGGUGCUGCUGCAAAACAAACGUAGGGAGACAGAUGCCUUGGUGCGUGAGAUUGAGAUACGCACCGCGGAGGCCGAGAAGAAGCGGAUGGAGGUAGAGGUUGUCAAGGAGACGGUGGCACGUGACGCCGCUAUUGUGGCUGAGGGCGAGGCGGAGGCAAAGAAGGACCUCGAGGCGGCCGAGCCGGCUCUGUUGGAGGCCAUUGAAUCCCUAAACUCCAUCACGGCGAACGACUUUAUCACUUUGAAGAAAUUGGCAAAUCCGCCGGCUCUCAUUAAGCGUAUUUUUGAUGCGGUGUCAGUACUGCUGCACCGUCCACUGCUGCCGCCGGCUGCGGAGGAAGUGAAGGGGACGCUGUGGAUCACCGACUCUUGGGACUUUAGUGGCCGACAGCUCGCCUCAGACUCCGGGACGCUUGACACGCUUCGCUCCUUUGGAGAGAACCAGAAGGACUACAUCAACGAAGAGACAUGUGAGCUGCUGCUGCCGUACCUCUGGAUGGAGGACUUUACGCAGGAGCGGGCCCGCAAAGCCUCUGGUAACAUUGCCGGCUUGUGUACCUGGGUGCGGAGUAUGUACAAGUACAUCAACAUUGCGAAGAUUGUGGCACCUAAGCGGGAGAAGCUGCGUAUUGCGACCAUUAAGUUGCGGGUGGCAAACAAAAAGAAGGAGGAACAGGAGGAGGAGCUUGCGCGGGUGACGGCCGAAGUGGAGCGCUACAACUGUCAGUUUGCGGAGGAGAACGCGAAGAAGCAGGCACUUGAGGAUGAUGCCGCCCGCACGAAGCAGCGCAUGGACAGUGCGAAUGGCCUUAUUGAUGCCCUCUCUGGUGAGCGCGAGCGGUGGACGCGGCAGAGCAACGAAUUUAAGUUGCUUAUUGAGCGGCUCAUCGGGGACGUUGCGCUAAGUUGCGCCUUCAUCUCCUACUGCGGCCCCUUCAAUUCCGAGUUCCGCCACCAGCUGCUCUACAAAAACUUCUACGUGAAGUGCCGAGAGUUGAAAAUCCCCGUGACCUCCGACAUCAACGUGGUGAAGUUUCUCGUCGACGAAACGACCAUUGCCGACUGGCAGCUUGAGGGGCUGCCAGCAGACGACCACUCCGUGCAGAACGCCAUUAUGAUCACAACCAGCGCGAAGUUCCCGCUGAUGAUUGAUCCACAGGGGCAGGCGCUGAAUUGGAUCCGCCGGCGCACCGAGGGCCAGGACUGCAAGCUGUGCCAACUGAACGACCGUACAUUCACCAUGCACCUGCAAGAGCAGCUUGACGCAGGUCGUCCCCUCCUCAUUGAGAACGUGCCAGAGGAGAUUGACCCGAUGAUUGACCCCGUGUUGGAAAAGCAGGUAGUGCGAAGUGGCAAGUCAAAGAUUAUUCGCAUCAACGGUGAGGAAAUGGGCUACAACGACAAUUUCAGGAUGUUCCUCACCACCAAGCUGCCAAACCCCAGCUUCACCCCUGAAAUGUUUGCCAAGAGUCUGGUGAUCGACUUCACCGUGACAAUGGAGGGACUCGAGCAGCAGCUCCUCUCGCAUGUCAUUGGCCGUGAGAAGGUGGAGCUGAACGAGGAGAGUGCGAAACUGUCUGAGGACAUUAACUGCAACGAAAAACGUCGUAAGAAUCUGGAGGAUCGCUUGCUGAAGCAGUUAAGUGAAUCGCAGGGGAACCUUAUUGAUGACGUCGCCCUCAUCCAGACACUGCAGGAGACGAAGGAUGCCUCUGCGGAAAUUGCAGAGAAGUUAGCGACUGCGCUUGAAACGAAGAAGCGUAUUGCGGGUGCAUGCGAGGAGUACCGUCCAGUGGCCACGCGUGGCGCUGUGCUGUAUUUCCUCGUUGUGGAAAUGUCGCUUGUGAGUAACAUGUACCAGACCUCACUCAUGCAGUUUGACGGCAUCUUUGACGGCUCCAUUCAACGCUCCGAGCAUCACCCGGUCACCGCCAGGCGUAUUCAGUGCAUCAUUGACUUCCUCACCAUGUCCGUAUUUAAGUACAUCGUCCGCAUGCUCUUCUCAAAACACAAACUUUUGUUUGUCCUGCUGAUGGCUUGCAAGAUUCAAAUGAAGGCGGGACAACUAGACUCCACUGCAUUUGACGUCUUUUUGAAGGGUGGUGGUGUGAUGCAGGUGGAUCGCUCGAAGCCGUUUUUGUGGCUCAAGGAUAAGGCGUGGGCGAGCGUGCUGGCCCUCUCCGAGCAGGUACCACGAUCUUUCAAGCAGCUUCCCGACCUCAUUAUGCGCAAUGAACAGGCGUGGCGCCAGUUCAUUGACUCUGACGUUAUUGAAAACUUGACCGUCCCAGACAUCCAUGAGAAGCUGGACCGCUUUGAUCAUCUUCUUAUUGUGCGUGCCUUGCGAGAGGAUCGUACGAUGCUUGCCGCCAACCAAUACGUUGCCCAUGUCCUUGGGAAGGAGUUUGCGGAGCCGCAGCAGCUCGACCUUCACGACGUGGUGGAGGAAACAAAUGGCCUGACGCCCAUCGUUUUUCUUCUAUCGCAGGGCUCGGACCCAACGACCCUCAUCGAGGCGGCGGCUAAGUCGCUGAAGAAGAAGAUAUUUCCCAUUUCCAUGGGCCAGGGGCAGGAAGAGGCGGCUAUGACCAUCGUGAGCAACGUCUGGGCUAACGGUGACUGGGCCCUGCUGCAGAACUGUCAUCUUGGUUUACCGUUUCUGCUGCAGCUAGAGGAAAAACUACGGCAGCAACAGCUACCGGGUGGGAAAAGUGUGGAGAUCAACGAAGAGGCACGACUGUGGGUGACGACGGAGCCAUACAAACUAUUUCCUAUCGGACUGCUGCAGAUGUCUAUCAAGUUAACCAAUGAACCGCCGCAGGGGAUUAAGGCUGGCCUUGUGCGGACUUAUUCCUGGCUGUCGCAGGACUACCUUGAGAUGUUCCGCCGACCAGAGUGGAAACCAAUGCUCUUUACGCAGUGCUUUCUACACUCUGUUGUAGUGGAGCGGCGUAAGUUUGGUCCUAUUGGUUUCAGUGUGCCGUAUGAGUUUAACCAGGGCGACUGGACCGCCUCCGUGCAGUUCCUCAUUAAUCACAUGACAACCAUUGGGGAGAGUCUCAAGAAUUCGGUGAAUCGUGACACCGUGUGCUACAUGGUGGCAGAUAUUCAGUAUGGUGGGCGUAUCACCGACAACAACGAUCGUGCACUUUUCAAGGCCAUUACAGAGUUCCUUUACGAUCUCCGCAUUACCAACCCUGACAAGGUGCGAGAUACGAAGCCUGUGAAUGAGGCCAAGUUACCCCCUGGCACUAAUGUCAACAGCGGCAACGCCUUCACGGGUGGUGAACGAAUGGAGUUUUCACCUGGUUACGCCAUUCCCCUUUUUGACGACAUCAACAAACACCGUGAGUUUAUUCGCGAAACCUACCCGGAUGUGGACACGACCGAAGUAUUUCAGAUGCACUCCAAUGCGGAUAUUACGUACCGCACACGGCAGGCUCAGGAGGCGCUUACCACCAUCCUUGACAUCCAACCACGCGACGCCGUUGUGCAAGGCGGUAUGACCCGUGAAGAAAAGGUGUUGGGCAUGGCAGACAGUUUCCUGCGGCAAUUACCGGAGCACUGGGCGGUGGACCGCAAGUUGUACCUUGCCGAUCGCCAGCCCCUUUCUAUCUUCGCUGGACAGGAGAUUGACCGACUGAGCGUCACCAUCCGUGUGAUUCAGCAGACGUGUACGAACCUGAAGCUGGCGGUUGCCGGCACCAUCAUCCUCACGCCAGCGUUGCAGGAUGCGCUGGACUACCUUUACGCCGCGCGUGUCCCGCCGUCGUGGGUGGCGGUGGGUUGGCCGUCGUCAAACAUAUCCCUCUGGUUUGGUGAGGUUUUGCGCCGCUAUGAGCAGCUCGACAGCUGGGCUCGCAACGGCCGACCCCCGGUGUAUUGGCUGCCGGGCUUCUUCAACCCGCAGGGAUUCUUGACCUCCGUGCGGCAGGAGAUUACGCGUAGUCACGCGAACGAGGCGGUGCCGUGGGCCCUCGACAAGGUGGAGACGCGAACGGAGGUGCGCUCCUCCGAGUUCCGCUUGAACCAAGAGCCGAAAGCGGAAGAUCUCAAGACAGAGCGGGGCGAGGUUGUCAUCUACGGCCUGUACCUUGAGGGGGCCAUGUGGGACAAGUCGAACAAGCGUCUCAAGGACUCACCGCCGGGCGACCUCUUCCGUGAGCUGCCCAUGCUUCUAAUCUCGGCCAUAAACCGAGACGCCCCGCAGCAGGUGUUAAACGCGCCCACAAAACCGGGGCAACUGAAGGAGAAGCAUAAGAAGCAGGAACACUACCGCUGCCCCGUCUACAAGUACCCGACACGCUCCGACCUGCACUGGAUCUUCGACGUGAACCUCCCUGUAGCGGAGGACGACGCGUACUGGCGCAUGCGCGGUGUUUCCCUGCUGGGAUCCACCGACUAA